UGUGGUUUCUCAAUGUGGGGUGGGUAUCUUCUAAUGGUGGUUACACUGGGUGUCUCGACAUAGUUUUCAGCGCUAAGGUGGCUCUUUUAGGCGAUUCCAUGUGUUUGGGCACAUUCAAAGGUCGAUUCUUGAGCUGAGUUUGUCGAUUUGAAGAGUUAAAAUUUUGAGGUUUGUUGAUUUGAAGAGUUGGGUGCUGUGGUGGUAGUUGUGAUGGCCACAAGUGGGAGACUUGUUGCUGGGUCUCACAAUAGGAAUGAAUUUGUGCUCAUCAAUGCUGAAGAAAUUGGACGGAUCAAUUCUGUCCAAGAAUUGAGUGGGCAAACAUGUCAGAUCUGUGGGGAUGAGGUGGAGAUGAAUGUAGAUGGAGAACUAUUCGUUGCCUGCAACGAAUGUGCUUUCCCUGUUUGUAGGUCUUGCUAUGAGUAUGAGAGAAGAGAGGGAAAUCAGGGUUGCCCUCAAUGCAAGACCAGAUACAAGCGCAUCAAAGGUAGUCCUAGGGUUGAGGGUGAUGAGGAAGAGGAUGGUGUUGAUGAUUUGGAACAUGAGUUUGAUUAUGGGAACAUUGAUGCUUUUGACCCACAACAACCUACAGGGAUGAUGCUUUCAGCACAGUUCAACACUAGUCGUGGUGGCCACACUAGUACUUCCAGAGUCCCCUCUGACUCCUCUCCCUCUCCCUAUGGUCCUCCUGAAAUCCCUCUCUUGACAUAUGGUGAAGAGAGCAUUGAGAUAUCUUCUUCCCAACAUGCUCAUGGUACCCCGAUUUAUGGGACAUGGAAAUAGUGUUCAUUCGAUCUCUCCUGAUUCAUUUGUGUCUUUGCAACCGAGACCAAUGGUACCACAAAAAGACUUAGCAUUGUAUGGAUAUGGAAGUGUGGCAUGGAAGGAUCGGAUGGAGGAGUGGAAGAGAAGGCAGAAUGACAAACUUCAGGUGGUCAAACAUCCAGGAGAAAUUGUUGGUGGCGUAUGUGGUGGUAAUGAAGAAAAUGACCCUGAUUUGCCUAUGAUGGAUGAAGGCAGGCAGCCAUUGUCAAGGAAGUUACCCAUUUCUUCAAGCAAGAUAAAUCCAUACAGAUUGAUAAUCUUACUCCGCCUUGCUAUUCUUGGAUUAUUUUUCCAUUAUAGAGUUCUUCAUCCAGUUCAUGAUGCAUAUGGCUUGUGGAUGACUUCGGUUAUUUGUGAAAUAUGGUUCGCUGUGUCAUGGAUUCUUGAUCAGUUCCCAAAAUGGUACCCAAUAGAGCGAGAAACAUAUCUUGAUCGGUUAUCACUCAGGUAUGAGAAAGAAGGGAAGCCCUCUGAGUUAGCCAAUACAGACAUCUUUGUAAGCACGGUUGAUCCAUUGAAAGAGCCUCCACUAAUCACUGCAAACACUGUUCUAUCCAUCCUUGCGGUGGAUUAUCCCGUGGAAAAAGUUGCAUGCUAUGUCUCAGAUGAUGGUGCUGCCAUGCUUACUUUCGAAGCACUUUCUGAAACAUCUGAAUUUGCUAGGAAAUGGGUACCCUUCUGCAAAAAAUUUAGUAUCGAGCCACGGGCCCCGGAAUGGUAUUUUUCUCAGAAGAUUGACUAUCUGAAAAACAAAGUUCACCCAGCAUUUGUGAGGGAACGGCGUGCAAUGAAGAGAGAAUAUGAAGAAUUUAAAGUUCGGGUUAAUGGUUUGGUUGCUGCAGCACAAAAGGUUCCUGAGGAAGGUUGGACAAUGCAGGAUGGAACUCCCUGGCCUGGGAACAAUGUCCGGGACCAUCCUGGUAUGAUCCAGGGUCAGUUGCAUGUUGCUGUCUUCGAGGGUCAAUAUACUUCAUCCUCAGUUGGGAGAUGUGGACCAAUUGAUCGUCAAGGUGCCAUUUUUUAUGAAAGGGCGAGAUGA